AAGUUUUCCUCCUCCAGAAAUAUCUGCACAGCAUUUGAAACAAAUUUUUUCAGCGUCAGAUGAUUGUAAUGUUGAUGAUUCGGAAUCUGAAUGUUCGCCAAUUCGUUUGUCGAAAGUUGCCAAGCGAAGAAUCAAUUCUGCAUUUGUUGCCAUUGUUGAUAAUUGCAUUAUUACCUCGAUGGAACAUAAACAAAUAAUUGAAUCCAUAUCAAAUCCAGAUUCUAAACAGACCAGUGCAACCUUAUUAAAUGAAUCGAGUGAUAGUGGUGCGAUAACAUUUUCUGAUAGCGAUUUAAAACCUUCACGAAUAGAGAUUACUGAAGAUAAUCAUCCAUUUUAUCGAACAACAAGCAUUGAAAAUAUCAUUAAUGAACAACAGCCGUUGUUGGAAUCAUAUUCCAGCCAUGAUUUUGAGUACAUUUUCAUGCCUAAGGAAAUGAAUCCGAAAUGUUUUGAUGUGUUGAAAGAUAUUUUAAUGCUAGAAAGGACAGCUGUCUUCGAUUUGAAAAUUCUUACAGAGGACUUUUAUCAACUAAUACCGGAAAAAGCAUUAUCAUGUGGAAGAGCAUUAAUGGAUUUAUUUGUUAAUUUGAAAUCUCUUCAACGAUUUCAUGAUGAUCAUCUUAACACUUUGGAGAUUAUCGCUAAAAAUUGGGCGGAUUGUUUAAGAAAUGCUAAUGCGGAACGACCGCGGGUGGGUGAUAUUCUGUUAUGCUCAGUGCAUAAUGCUUUGCAAUAUUAUCGGGAAUUUGUGCAAAACUCUCCAAUUUAUCUGGCAGCUAUUGAUGAAUUAACUCGUGUCAAUAGCGCUUUUGCUAAUUCUCUCAUUAAGCUGCAAAUGAGAAAUUCCUACAGUUGUAGCAUUAAUUUUUUGAUGUUAAAAGUGAUACAUCGAAUGAUUGUAUGGCAAACUUUACUUGGACGAAUGGUUGCCGCACUUUUAGAAGAGAGCGAUGGUUCUGAGAUAGCGCCACAAUUAAGUAGCUGUCGAAUUGCUGUGGAAAAGGUUGCAUCGUUUAACGUCGAGAAAAAAUCUACACUGGAAGGAUUAGUCCAUUUUACAAAAUUUGUCGAACUUGGAAAUGAUUUGAAUAUUGUUGAUGGAUUGACCGAUCCAAAUCGAAGAUUCAUACGUCAAGGAUGGUUAUGCAGAUGGACAAAACGUGGUUUUAUACCACACGCUGUGAUACUUUUCAAUGAUGCGCUAUUGUUUGCUUAUCGAUCGCAAACGGAUGGCUUUAUCCGCAAUGCUUUUCUACCUUUACGUGCCAUGACGGUGGAAGAAGGCGAUACAUUACAUGUCGUAAUAGAUCCAACAAUUUGUCUUACCAUACAAGCGGUUAAUCGUACAUUCUUGCUAUCCGGUGAUUGUACAACAGUUCGAGAUCUUUGGCUUGAAGAAUUAACGAAUGCUAUACGAAAUGCUAAACAAUGCAAAAUUGAGGAAUUACCCCAAACUGAAACUUUUGUGAUUACCGAAGGAAGUCUAAACGAUAAAUUUACGCACAAUAAUGAUAUGUUGGAUUCACUUAAAUCAAUCAAUCCAUUUGAUAUUGCAACAAUGCCAUACAGUACGCUUGAUGUAUGUUGGUAUCGUCAUGCUACUUUAGGAAUUAAUGCAAUUAUUACGGCUCCGGCCAAUCAGAUGUCUGGAUAUUUGUUGCGGAAAUUCCGCAAUUCCGCCGGAUGGCAAAAAUUUUGGGUUGUACAUGCAAAUUUUGCACUUACAUUCUUUAGAUCACAUCAGGAACGAGAACCGGUAGCGGUAUUGCCGAUUAUCAAUUAUCACAUAUCGUUACCACAACUUAAUGAUAAAGUUGAUUGUGAUAACGUUUUCAAGGUGUCGUAUAAUACACACUGUUACUUUUUUCGAACUGAUAGUUUGUAUGCUUUUUCAAAAUGGUACGAAUGCAUUCAUGAAUCAACCAUCAACAGUAGUCCUGUCGAUCUUAUUGCAGGUCUUUCAAUCAAAUAG